AUGCACGGGGGUGACACAGGUGGCCCGGGAAGUGCAGGAGGUGGCACCGGGCGUAUCUACAUCGGCAACUUGCCGGGAGAUUACACGGAGAAAGACGUGGAGCGCGAAUUCGACAGGUUCGGAAAGAUCGUCAAACUAGAGUUCAAACGAACGGUGUCCGGUGCCGGGUACUGUUUCCUAGAAUACGCGGACUCGCGGGACGCGAAGGAUGCCAUUGCUCAACUUCACGGCCGGCCGCCGCCGGGCAUGCGUGACGCGGCGCCACUUCGUGUCGAAAUCCCUCUAUCGCGUUCGGGACGACCAGGUGACGGCUUUCGGGAAGAGGCGAUGGCGAGAGGCUUGACGAGCCGACGGGGACGCUUUGUUCUAGAAAUCAGGGGUCUUCCGCCUUCCGGCAGUUGGCAAGACCUAAAGGACCAUUUCCGGGGAAUUGGUGAUGUUGGCUUCGCCGAGGUGAGGAAGGAUCCGGAUGUGCCAGAUUCUGUCGUGGGGGAACUAAGCUUCUUCACAAAACGCGAUAUGGUGGAGGCAAUAGAAGUUCUAGAUGGCAGCACAUUCAGAUCGCACGAGGGAGAAAAGUCCAGAAUCAGUGUGCGAGAGAAACGCGUUGCGGGAGGACGCGGAGGACGCUCGGAUGACGAGUACGAGGCAGCGGCGUACGAUUCAGAUGCCAGGGGGCGCGCGCGCAGUGGAAAAUACAGUAAUCACUACGAGUCCAGUAACGGCGGAUAUGGCGGCGGCAGUGCAGGAGGGUAUCGCAGCAGCAUGGACGCGAUGCGGGAGUCAGCAAGCAGAGGCCGCCUUGGCGGCGCGAGCGCCGGCGGAUACUACGGGUAUCAGCAGCCCGCGAGUUCUCCUUCCGGUCGAGGUGUCCAUGGGUCGUACGCCGAUGGCAGCAGGAGGGGUCGGAGCCGAAGCAGGGAAAGCGGUUUGCCAGCUAGAAGUGGGUACGGAGGGUACGGCCCCCCCGGAAGCUAUUACGACGCACCCGGCGUGAGUCCGCGCGGUUCAAGGCUCAGCGUAGACCAUGGGAGUCGUCGAUUCGACGAGUGGGCAGAUCGGAGGCGCUGA